UAAUGGGGUAUUUAUAGCAGAUGCAUCAGUGGGGGCUGGUAUCUUCCCAUAGGGGCCUGUUUGGGAAUGCCUGUUAGGGCACGGUCACUUUCCUAAUAUAUCCCAUAUCCGUUUCAGCUUCAAGACAGCACUCCAGCUCUCCAUUCACAGUGUAUAUGUGUGAGAGUGUGUGAAACUGUUUAUGCAUGUUUUGAUGCUGUUGAUGAGCCGCUUUAUGACCUUACAACCUUUAUAUUGAUGACGGGCACCAUGAUGCGGAGUAUGGACGCAAGGGAAACUGAGAUCGACCUGAGGGAUGCAGGGGAUGGAGAGGACGACGAGGAACAACAGACGUGGAAGACGCAGCUGGAAACAGUCCUGGAGGAAGAGGAAGAAGAAGAUGUGAUCUCUACACAGAGUGACACCAGGCCUCUGAUCAAUGAACGGGACCCAAGACAAAUAAAUGAGUGUCUUAAGGUUAGUUUUGAGGAUGUGAUAGCAGAGCCGGCAUCAGUGCGCAGUGGGGAUCGGGUGUGGAUCUGGAGUCACGCUCUUUUCGAGGUGUCCAGGGCCUGGUUUUAUCGUAUCAUCACUGCUCUGCUGGCUGUUCCAGUGUCCCUCCUUGCUGGGAUUCUCUUCGCCGUCCUCAGCUUUGUUCACAUCUGGUUCUUUACGCCAUGUGUGCAGGUUGUCUUGAUUAACACCGGGUGGUUGCAAACUUUAUGGAGCAGCGUUUUAGACAUAAUCAUCCUACCCUUCUUCCAAAGCAUAGCCAAGUGCUGCAGUGGGAUUAGUGUCGUUCUCACACGGGAAUGAGAAGCAUUUCUCUGGAAUCUGCUGAAUCAAUUCAAAUGGAUAUUCACAUUGAACUUUUGGGCAGAUGUGUGGCCAUCUGACUCCUGGUGCAUGUCAAGGGGGACCAUGCCCAAAUGUCAAGCGUGAUGAAUGUUAACUCGCUGGCAAAAACUGAGAGGAAGCGGAUAUUUGGAAAUGCAUGAUGUUUGCUUAGGUAUGAAUGUAAUUUAAAGGGAUAGUUCCACCAAAAAUGACGAUUCAGCUGAUGUUGUUCAAAACCCAUGUUAUUUUUUCUUCUUCUGUGGAACACAAAUGUGGACCACUUUUACAGUGUUUUAUAUACCACCUUUUAUGUUCUAAGGAAGAAAUAACGUCUUACAGGUUUGCAAUGACAUGAGGGUGAGUAAAUUAUGUCAGAAUUUUCAAUUCUCAAAGAACUAGCCCUGUGUGUUUUGUACAGACUUUAUCAAUGUUUUCUUUUUGUCAAAUAAUUUCUUAAUUUCCCACUGAAGGUGCCAUAAAAUGUGUCUGCAGCUGGUUGGGGUCGAGCUAUCCUGCCUUUUGGCAAAUGAUUAUGGUAAAACAUAUUGCUAUUAACAUCCGUUGUGUGUUUUGAUGACCUGUUUUGCAUUGCACUGAGGACACAUUGUGUGCUCUUUGAAGUGUUCUCGAAGCCCUUUCAUUUGUAAAAUAACCAGUUGUCCCCGACUAUCCAAUUAAAUGCGUCACUCAUCAUAUGCAAAUUAGGCCACCAAAAUAAUAGUAACAACUGAUUCAUAAUAUAUCGCCCUCUGCUGUAAACGAUCAAUCUGCCAGUCAUUUUAAUCUGAUUAUCUCUAUUCUAGCGCACCCUUGAGAUCAUAUCUCCUUAAUGCAAUGUUCUUCCUAAAGUGAUAUUUUAAAGCAUAUACAAAAUCUCUCAAGGUCUUAAAGUGACAGUUCACCCAAAAAUGAACUCUGUCAUCAUUUAAAUGAUUUUCAGAAUUUUCAUUUUUGGGAGAACUGUCCCUUUAACUCAAAUAAAACAACUCCACCAGAGCUCAGGGUACAGAUGCAUCAUGGAUCUAUUAAAUAAUGGCAAUCAAAUGGGUGUGUCUGUAACUUAGCAAAAGGAAACACAAACAUGGCUGGACUCAUCCCGUGAGAAUGUGUAAAUCCUAAAAACGGUCUGAUAUACCAGUAUGUU